AUGGCGGCGAUCGAGAGGCUCACCGACGACCUUCUCCUCGAGACCCUCUCGCACGUGGCCGCCAAAUCGCGCCGCCUUUUCAACGAGGAGCGCUUCCCGAGAUCAGCUCUCCACUUCGUCAAUAUCUCCGGGAGCGAGGGCGAGGACCCUUUCAUCUACCCCUCCUUCGCCUUCCUGCCCGACCGCCGGCGCCUCCAUCUCCUCGACUGCUGCAACGGCCUCAUCCUCUGCCAAUGGUACGACAUCUCCACCACCCGAGACGACGAGUUCAGAUACGUCGUGUGUAAUCCCGCCACGGAGGAGUGGGUGGCGUUGCCAGACCGCGGCCAGGCCGGCGACGGCAAUGUGGGCACGGCGUGUUUAGGUUUCGAUCCGGCCGUGUCUCCCCACUUUCAUGUGUUUGUGUUCUUGCUGGACGAAUCCGGCUUCAUCAGCGGAGUGGAUGUGUACUCGUCUGAGACCCGUCAAUGGAUUCACAAGGAGAAGAGAUGGGACGUAAAUGUUAUGCUCGCUCAUCCUCAGCUAGCAACCGUCUUUCUUGAUGGCUAUCUGUAUCUUCCCACCAUAUGCGGCGACGAGGGCCCUCGUAUAUCUGCUGUGGACACGAAGGGAGAAACGUGGUCCAACUUUGAUACGCCUUGUGGCCUGUGGCGUUGUGAUGUGUUUCUUGGUCUUAUUCAGCAGUCGCAGGGCCGCUUGCAUUAUGCUUGUUUUAACAAUGGAGAAGAUGACGAAGAAGAAACUCAACUGCAAGUUUACAGUCUCGAGGACCAUGCCAAAAAAGAAUGGAUACUGAAGCAUAGACUUAAAGUUUCGACCAAAGUGUUUGGAUCAGGGCCCUUCAAGGGAGAAUUUGAUUGGAUUGCCAUGCAUCCUGAAGGUAACUUGAUGUUUUUCGUUGAGGGGUCGGAUAAUAUGUUAACGUGUUAUAGUAUGGAUGACCAGGAAUCCACCGAGCUCCGUGAACUUCGAGAGGCCCAGCCACCAUAUCUGCCAUAUGUGCCCUUGUACUCAGAGUUAGAAUCUUUGCGCAUGUGA